CCCUUUCACCCUCAAGAACAUGACGCAUAGCCACUGGCGGGGCGGUCGCGAUAAAAGGUCGGGUUUCCCAACCCCAGUCUUGCGCAUUUUCUAUGGCUGCUUGCCGAAUUUUCGCCUUACGGGAAGGCUAAGCUGCGAAGGUUAGAGGUCUACUGGCGGCUAGGGCAGCAGUGGUGCGUGUACGCGAUGUUCUGCGUUCGUUGCAGCUUCUACGGCAGCAAAGUUGAUCUCCCCCCGCGUAUUUUUUUUCCCAGAUAGAUGGCCGCAUUACACGCUAUCAUGUACAUAAGUGCCUCUCUUUGCUGUUGCUGGGUGACGACGAUGACGAGGGCCGCGUGCUCGAUAUCGAGCUCGCCCUCGCGUCGGAGCGCCUACGACACGGAGGUAAACCCCAAAUAAGGCAGACCGUUGCUUACAUCAGCCUCCCGUUAAUUGCUUGCAUCUCGGGCCGAACCGGGAACCCUAACCAAAGCCCCGGCCUCCGACACAGCGCGCCAGCGCCGUCGCCGUCGCCCACGUUUCUUCCAAGGUCGCUCGACUAUCGUAACUUAUUGCCUCUGGACACAUCUUCCUCCCUCGUCUUAUGGCCCGAAGUCAACAUGCAGGCCCCUCGACCCUCCGCAACCGCAACCGAGUCACCAACAAGACACGCCUCAAGAUCAUCAAGGAGAGCAUCGAUGCUGACUCGAUUGUCCUCGAUGAAGAUGAGGAGAAGGCCAGGGUCGUCUCUACUGCUGGCGUCGAUGCCGAGGAUGCCAAUGAACAUCAUCUGCAGGCGGUGCUGUCUGCAGCAGCGACGAGACAUCAGGCCUCGGCGCGCUCGACACGAGGGUCGGACAAAGAGACUGGUGCCCCCGCCGCAUUUAUUCCCACACCCGACAGCACUGGCAAAGUCGAGAACUACGAGGAGCUGUAUCCUCCUGAACGAUGGAAGGACCCCGUCACGUAUGUCAAGUCAUCCGACACGGUCGAGGAGUCCGUGGAGUAUGCACUCGCAAACGGAUACGUCUACUACGUGGAUGAGCGGGACCAAGAGUGGCUCGACAAGAACAAUGAGGAGGCUCGUGGCGAGGGUACCAGCGCUCAAGGCGCCGUCUCGAAUGCAGGCACUCGGUCCAGCCGUAACACGAAGAAAGGCAAAGAGCCAGAAGGCAAUCAUCCCAUCGCUAUUUCUGAAGAUGAGUUUGAGUUUGUGAUAUCGAUAUUUGAGAAGGUCACACACGAAAAGACCGAGUUUUUGCAUCACGGCCUCGAGUCCGGGUCGCCUUUUCCUCCUUUUUCUGACUAUCAAGACACUUUCGCAUCACCGCUUCCACCGUCUCUCUUCGCUGUGUUCGCCGUUCCACAGUGGAUCCCGCAGCCGCCACAGCUCUUGAAGAUGGCCAUCUCAGUCUAUCCACACUGGAAGGAGCGGCGAAUUGAGAGAGGCGGGCAUCCUAUCAUACCCAUUGUGAACCUCGACGAGACCGAUACCAAGAAUGAAUCCUACAUAUGCUUCAGACGACGAGAAAGCAAGGCUGUUCGUAAGACUCGCGCUCAGCAAGCAACCUAUUCGGACAAAAUGAUUCGUUUGCAAUCGGAGUUGGCCACGGCGAUGGAACUCGCGACCAGCGUAAUACAACGCGAGGGCUUCAAGCGAGAAGCUGCGACGCAUGGGAGCGGCGUUUGGGAGUCAAGAUUCAUGUUGGUCGACCUGAAACGCAAGUUUCCUGCUCUUGGAGCGAAGGAAGACGAAGAGCUCUUCUACGACAGGGAAAGAGUCCCGAAGAAGAUCAAGCCCGAGAUGUCUGGCCGACUGCCAAUCAAGCUGCGUACUACGCGCGAUCCAGCGGAGUAUGGCUCACCUACCACCCAGGAGCCCAUCAUGCCGCCGAAAGAACGCCUCGCGCUCAUUCGCGCACAGGUCGAGCAGGAGCUGGCAAAGCGGAAGGAGCGAGAUCAAAGUUGGGACAACGUCGUCGACAAUCCAUAUCAAGCUCCACCAGUGCCCUACCCUUCGCGUCUAUUCAAGUUCAUCACUGCUACCCGCUCGUCGUCGAAGUCUACAUCCUCGGACUCGGAGGACUCGUCGCCGCCGCGCGAGCAUCGUGCAUACCGCGUGCGACUCGGUCGCGGCGGACGCAUGCUAGUUGACCGCCGCCUGUCUAGACCUCUAGCUUUUGGAUGGGAUUCUGAGGGCGACGACGUAGAUGCCUCCAAGGAGGCUGCCGCUGACGUAGAUGCUACCGAUGAAGGUCCCGCCGAUGAAGAUGCUACCGAUGAAGGUCCCACCGAUGAAGUUCUCGUUGAUGAAGAUGCUGCCGAUGAAGAUGCUGACGGAGAUGCUGACGAAGAUGUUAACGAAGAUGCCAAGAAGGAAGUUGCGGAGCAUCAUCGCCGUCUUCUGGAGCGAUGGAGGUUUGACGCGGACGAUGAGCCUUUGGUGGGUCCGGAAGGUCCGGAAGAGCAUGGUCGCAAGUUGUUCGACGAUUAUGCUGAGUCGCGUCUCCAACACACUAUGACGCUGUUCAACGAGCACGAUUUCGCCACGCUUGCUGUCGACCCUACGAUCACAGUUACGGGCUCUGAUGGACGUCCGCAGCCGUACAUUCCGUUCCGCUUGGGCCUGCAAUCCAUGCAGAUGCGUCGGGAACACCUGCGGCCCUCGCCACUAGGCACGCCAGGCAUUGUCCCUCAGAGGCAUAUCAACGGAUCCUCGACAUCAAUAUCGUCGAAUGGGUCUGCUAUGAGUCAUCGAAGUAUGCCACCCCCGCCGGCUGUCCCUCAGACUCGCAUACCGUCCAACGGUAUCAUGCGUCCUCCGGUAACACCGACUGUGCCUGCUAUCCCUCAGCAGAGCUCUCCUCAUCGUUCCCCAUCUGUACCGAAUGGAACGAGUCAUGAGUCGAGCAUGUUCAAUGGUGACCAAGACAUCAAGCUCUCCGUUCCCGUGGCAAUUAAUGCCGGCGCGGCGGACGAUGCGAUGCAGGUUGACAGCCAGCCGCAGAGCAUUGCAAUCACGUCACCCGUGCGGCCAAAGUCGCAGACGCCUUCAAUGAUCCCAAUACCCAAUGGAUUCGCCAUACCCUCCGUGAACAACUUUUCUUCGAACAUCGCAAAUGGUAAUACCUAUUCCCAUUACGCCGGCAUGCGCAAUGGCGUCAUGACGAAGUCGGCUCUUGCAGCGACGUUGGCCGGCCAGGAUGGGGUAAAUAGUGCUCACCUGCGUCAAGCAUCGUCGUACAUGCCGCACGGCGUCAACUACAGCUCGCAGCUGCAGGCCGCACGACAGAUGCAAUUUGCAGCUCUCCAGCAGCAGCAGCAGCAACGACAGCAGAUCACCCUGACAGACAGCGCGCUCGACGCCAGCCUCGUCGCGCAGCUCUCACCGUCCCCCGGCAGCGUGCCUCAGCGCGCGCCCUCCGCCAACGGCAACCGUCCCGUGAACCUGAGCCGCGGACUGACGUCGCCGGCCCUCGCGCAGGCGAUGGUCGCCGGCCAGGGCCGUGCGUCGCCUGGCGCAACGCACAUUGGCCGCCCGACCUCUCAUCCCCCGCACUCACCGCCGAAUCUGCUCAGCCCCGGGCAGCAGCACGGGUCGCCGCCGCGCCCGCAGCCGCCGAUGCCCUCUCCUUCGUUGCAGGCUCGCCAGAUUGUUGGCAGCUCUGGUGUAGGAUACUAGUGUUUUUUUUUGGCCUGUGGUUUCGCAUCGUUCGUCCCCUGCACCUUGUUUUAUUCGUGUAUGGACUUCGUGUUGUUUCGAUUGUAAUGACCCUUCACUCAGUCGUCGUUAUGUUCGUGCCCGCAGUAAUAGCUAUCUACGUGUAACAGUUGAUGAAGUUUCUGUAAAUAUCAAUAGCCAGCCGUAGCUCCUGGUCAAGAUGGAAGAGUACGUUGCGUGGUGGCAGGUGUGCAGUUCAACUCGAUCGAACGGAUGGAAUCGGAGACUUGGGUGAGCGCAAUAUCAGGCCUGAUAAUGAUAAAGUGGAAUUGUUGUUAGCGUCUCGGUAUGACACAGAAGUGUCCUCAAGUCGUUUGACCGAUAGCACUGGGGAUCUAAAUCUAACAGCUCAUGCGCAUUACCAUGAACUAGGUCCGAGUAAGUCCUUGAACAACCCAUUCGUACACUCCAAGGAAAACAGCACCGCCUGCUGAGAUCCACAUUGUCCGUGGGACAACUCCGGCAAACAGCGCUUUGACACCUUCUUGCAUGUAUAUCUGUGAAAAUCGCGCCAGUAAGGACGGCAUCCGGUCUUUGACAUCCUGAACAUGGAGCAUAUUAGCACAGUACUUGUAUAAGAGCAAACGAAGCGCACCCUCAUAUCGAGCAUGACUCUCGUCUUCAGCACGUCCAAGGGAGUGGUAGCGGCCGCAGCGAUAGCGCCUGCUAUGCUUCCGCACACAGCAGCCUCAUGCGCGUGCGGCUUUCGGCCCAGUUGUUUUGCUAGCCGGGCCUUGAACAGCUCGUACAAGGGGAAUUGCACGGACGUGAAAGGUAUCUGUCCGUUCCA